AUGCCGAAGAGGUCUAAUGAUGGAGACAUAUUGAGCUCACAGAGGAAACGGGCUCGUGUGGCUCGCACCGAUGAUAUUACCGACCGCCUCUCCGUUUUGACUAACGAAGUCCUACUUCAUAUACUGUCCUUUUUACCCGUUAGCUCAUUACUUACAUGUCAAAGACUGUCACGGAGAUUUCGUGCCUUAGCCGGGGACUCGGAGCUCUGGAAACGAAGAUAUUAUUCACGAUGGGUACGACCUCGAGCGCGCCGGCUAGUUAAAGCUAGGCGUGUGACUUUUCCGCAAGGCAAUGCCGAGUAUUCGCCUCGGGUGUCUACGUGGCUUGAUCAUAGUCAUUUAGUCGAUGAAGGACGAACUCCAAAUUGGAAAAGACAAUACCGCCUUAGACAUAACUGGUCGAGAGGGCUGUGUCGUGUGACAGAGGUCGAAGUUCCUCAGCCACAGCGUCCACCUUUGCUUGUCAAUUUCUAUAGCGGGUUUGUUCUAACUGCAGAUUUGGAGCAUGGGCUGAGAGUGUGGCUUGCCGUGACCCCCAAGAUAUGUACUGCGAAUGUCCAGUUCACAGACAGUACACAACAAUGCUUUACCGUCCCAACGGCGCUGACAACCAACCGUGGUCCGCGGCCAAAUUCAAUCGAAAUUGUAGUUGGAUUCGAGAAUGGCCAGUUCAACGUCUACGACAUGGACCCAGACACUUUGCGACUGAGUCUACGCUUCUCUCACCCUGGUUUUGCUAACGGGGCGAUAACCGCGAUGGCGUCGUCGUUUCCGUAUCUUUUAAUGGUCUCUCAGCACAAACAUUUAUCGCUAUAUAAAUUGUCCACCGAGUCCCGUGGGGCGCGUCCAACUGAGUCAAUGGAGACGGCGCGUCUGCUUGCAUCUCUCAAGGCUGAUAGCAUCCUUGCGUCGAUGUCAUUGUCUCUUCGCAUGGCGGGGCCCGAGACCAUCAUAUCAUCUAUCGUGUACAGCUUUUUCCACAUAGGCUGCGGUUGGUCUCUUGGUAUACAAGAGUUACAUUUCAACAAGAGUGGCCAACAAAUCCGAUCACGGCUCACCACCACGGUGGACUCCCAGUAUAGCUUUCGACCCCUAAGCUAUUUCCAGGGAGGAAAUCGGUCGUCCGAAGGCCACGAGCGUUCGAGUCCUCCUUCUCACUCAUUUUCUCCGGGGCCAGCUAUAUUACAUCACGAACCGCCGACUUCGGUGUCCUAUUCCCAUCCCUAUCUUUUAACAUCUCACCCCGACAACACCCUAACAGUGUACCUUGUCGUUUCCACAGCCGCAGAUCUAUCCGUGAGAAGCGGCCAAAGACUUUGGGGUCACACAUCAUCGGUCUCGGCAGUGCAUGUCAGUGAUCGCGGUAAAGCAGUCUCCGUCAGCUCACGCGGUGACGAAAUCCGAAUAUGGGACCUUGAGUCCAUGAUGUCGUCGGCCGGGCCCCAGCGGCAGCUAGAAGAAAACAGUAUCCAGAUCAAUCCCGAAAAUAAGACACAACCCGACAGAAAUCGUGCCGGUCUGCUUUCUGGGACUCGUCUGCGUGAGACCAUGGAUGCUCGCUUGAAUAUAAGUAAUCAAUUAGUUGUGCGCGGAUGCAUUGGGUUUGAUGACGAGCGUGUGCUUUUGCUGCGAGAGGGGAGACUGGGGGCGCAAAUGCUCGAAUGUUACGACUUUACAUGA